AUGGGUCGAUUACUUGGGUUGGAGUUGCACAACUUCAAGUCCUACAAGGGGACUGUGAAAGUUGGAUUCGGUGAUUCCAAUUUCACUAGUAUUAUCGGACCCAAUGGUUCCGGUAAAUCGAAUAUGAUGGAUGCUAUUUCGUUUGUUUUAGGUGUGAGGAGCAGACAUCUAAGGUCUAACGUGCUAAAAGAUUUGAUCUACCGUGGUGUCGCUUCGGAAGAGGAAGGUGAUGGAGAGUCUGAUGUGGUGAACAAUCCAACGACGGCUUACGUGAAGGCUUUUUACUCGAAAGGUGACUCGACCAUUGAGCUGAGCAGAUCUAUUUCAAAGGGCGGUGACACAACUUAUAGAAUGAAUGGGAAAGUUGUGGAUUAUAAGCGGUAUGCUUCUUUCCUAGAGGAUGAAAAUAUCCUGAUUAGAGCGAAGAAUUUUUUGGUGUUUCAAGGUGAUGUAGUCCAGAUAGCUUCGCAAUCAGCUAUGGAGCUAACUCAAUUCUUCGAGGAGUUUUCUGGUUCGAUCCAAUACAAGAAAGAAUACGAUAUGUUGAAGGAGAAAUUACAGACUUUGGGUCAAUCUACCGCGGAGUCCAUUAAGAACAGGAGAAGAAUCCACGCAGAGAUGAGAACUUACAAGGAAGGUAUCAACAAGAAUGAAGAAUUUGAAAAGCAAGUUAGUCAUAGAUUGGAGUUACAAAACCACUACGCAUUAUGGCAACUUUAUCAUCUCGAAGAAGAGAAAGCUGAGAAUAAUGAAAAAUUGGAAAAUUGUAAAGCUAAUGUCAGACUACUGAAGGAUAAGAUAGCUAAUGAAGAGAAGAAACUGGCUAAGCUAAGGGCAUCGUUCAUUGAAGAAAGCGCAUCAAUCACUAAACAAAAAAGUUCAUUGACUUACAAGAUCAAGGAAAAAGAAGAAAUCGAAUCUCAGUUGCUCCCGAUCAAAUUAUCUCAACGAGCUGCUACAAAGCGUAUUGGGAAUUUCGAGAAAAGGAUCGAUGCCUUAAAGAGAGACGUUGAAAGACAGAAAUCAUAUGUUGAAAGGUUUGAAAAUCAGCUUAAAGUUGUCACUAAGGCGAGGGAGACUUUUGAAGACGAGAUAAAGAAAUCAGCUCAGGACUCAAACAAGUAUCAUUUAACCGAUGAAGAUCUAAAACUGUACGCGGCCCUCAAUGAGAAGUAUUUGAAUUCUGGAGGUUUCGCAAUCGAAGGAAAGAUAGCGAACUCUCAAAAUGAUAGCAAAGAUGUGGCAGAUGAUAUCGGAUUGGUAAAGAAGAGAAAGGAGAUUUCGAGUUCAAGGAUCUCUGACGAGCUUUUGGUCACCAAGCAAAGUUUGGAAUUACAAAUGAGUGACCUGAGCUCUUCGUUAAAUGAGAAAAAUCAAGCCCAUAGCGAGCAAGCUAGCGAGUUGAAGAAACUUCAAUCUGAGAUUGAAUCAUCAAAUAACAAGGAAUACGAUUUGAACUACAAGCUGAGGGAAGCUUUGAUAAAGAUCGACGAUCUAAGUGCCAGUCAAAGAGAAACUAAUAAAGAAAGAAAACUAAGAGAGAACGUAUCCACCCUCAAGAAAUUCUUCCCAGGUAUUAGAGGCCUGGUUAGCGACCUUUGUCAGCCGAAGAAGGAAAGAUAUGCGCUUGCCGUAUCAACUAUAUUGGGAAGAAAUUUCGAUUCCAUCAUAGUCGACAACUUAGCAGUCGCACAAGAGUGUAUUGCCUACUUGAAGAAGCAACGUGCGGGGAUUGCAUCUUUCAUUCCGCUAGAUACCAUCGAGGUCGAAACUUCAACACUACCAGCGUCGGAAAGUUCGGGAUGCAUACUGGCAAUUAAUGCCAUAGAAUAUGACCCUGAGUAUGAACGAGCCAUGAGAUACGUUUGUUCUGACUCGAUUAUCUGUAACACACUUGAAAUUGCAAGGGAUAUGAAAUGGAAGAGAAAUGUAAGGUCAAAGCUGGUAACCUUGGAAGGUACGCUGAUCCAUCGGGCAGGUCUAAUGACGGGUGGUAUCUCGAAGGAUAGUUCAAACAGGUGGGACAAAGAAGAAUAUCAAAGUUUGAUGACAUUGAAGGACAAAAUACUGGUGCAAAUUGAAGAAGUGGGUUCUCACAGUCGAGCUUGCUCCAUUCGGGCACGGGAACUGGAGGGGAACAUUUCUUUGAUAUACUCCGAGGCUUCCAGCAUACGAACACAAAUAUCACAAUUGAAAAGGGCCUUGGAAGACACUAACACUGAUAUCGAAUAUCAUCAGAACCUCAUCAAGCAGGAGUAUGAUCCUAAAAUUCAAGAGCUUGAGCAGAAACUUGCAAUAAUCAACGAUUCUCGCAAACAAUUGGAGGAAGAAAAGGAUAGCCUGCAAACUCAAACCUUCAAAGAGUUCACGGACAAAUUAGGCUUCUCAAUGAAGGAAUAUGAGACUCAUUCGGGUGACGCAAAGAGGCAGCAGUCAAAAGAGCUUCAACAAUUACAGAAACAAAUCCUCAAUGUCGAAAACAAGCUUGAAUUCGAAAAGGAAAGAUUGACAUCUACGUCUAAUAGACUUGAGAAAACCGAAACUGAUAUGAAGAAAGUUUUUAUUGAACUGCAGUCUCUGCAGAAACAAGAGGAAGAUGUGGGUGUGCAGACGAAGAAAGUUGAGAAAGCUAUCAAGGAUCAUAAAAUUAAGCUGAAAAAAGUGGAGGAGGAGCUCAAAAACAAGCAACGAACCAUGAACUUAAACGAUGAGCAACUUAUCGAAUACAACUCCUCGCUGCAGUCCCUGAAGAGAGAAAGAGACGAAGUUAAGGACGUCAUAGAAAAGGGAGAUCUGGAGAGAAUCUGCGUGUUGAAAAAUUGCAAGAUCUCGAACAUGCAAAUUCCAAUUGUUUCUGAUGUGGAUUUACAGAGUUUACCAAUUGACAGGAUAGACGCCGAAGCUAUACGAACCUCCAAUGAAAUCGAGAUCGACUACGACGCUCUGCCGGCAAAAUACAAGGAAAAUGGCGGGGAAGCUGUAGAGAAGGGCUUUGAGAGAGAGUUGAAGCAAGUCGAUGAGAUACUCAAUGUGCUACAACCGAAUGCUAAGGCUACAGAUAGGUUCAACGAAGCUCAACAGAAAUUUGGUUCGAUCAAUGACGAGACCGAGCAACUCAAGAAGGAUGAGAAGAAAGUGCUGGCACAAUUCAUAAAGAUCAAGAGAAAAAGAAAAUCCCUUUUUGAAGAAGCCUUUGAAUACGUUACAGAACAUAUCGAUCCAAUCUACAGAGAACUGACAAAGAAUCCAAACUCUACUAGUGAAUUAGCCGGCGGGAGUGCUUCGCUAACGCUGGAGGAUGAGGACGAGCCCUUCAACGCAGGUAUAAGGUACCACGCAACACCUCCUUUGAAAAGAUUUAAGGACAUGGAAUAUCUCUCUGGAGGUGAGAAAACGGUCGCAGCUCUAGCACUCUUGUUCACCGUCAACUCCUACCAACCUAGUCCCUUCUUUGUUUUGGAUGAAGUGGACGCAGCGCUGGAUACAACUAAUGUUGAAAGGGUAGCCACAUACAUAAGAAGACAUGGUAACCCCGAUCUCCAGUUCAUCGUCAUCUCCUUGAAGAACACAAUGUUUGAGAAGUCCGACGCCCUUGUCGGAGUUUAUAGACAACAAGAACUCAAUACCUCCAAGAUUGUAACCCUGAACCUAAGAAAUUACGCCAACUGA